AGUGAACUUUUCAAAUGCAUUACAAUUGAAAGCAGUUCCAAGAUGGUAAAAAAAUAUUUCGAGAUGAUUUAUCAUUCGACAUCUGGAUAUCUUAAAAAGAUGAAUCCAGUCGAAGCAAGUCCACCCCUCGAAACCAAGGGAGCUGCUUCACCAACUGUAAGCGUCAUCAAUUCUGAAACUGUUGAAAAGAACAAGAAAUUCACCGUUUACAAAGUUGUUGUCGAAGCCGCAGGAAAUAAAUGGUUUGUGUUUCGAAGAUACAAUGAAUUCAGCAAGCUAUUAGAAAUACUCAAAAGACAGUACCCACACAUUUCGUUGAAGUUGCCAGGAAAAAAAUAUUUGGAAAACAAUUUCAGUUCUGAUUUUAUAAAAAAUCGGCGGCAGGGCUUGAAUGAUUUUGUGCAAAAACUCGUUACAGAACCACAGCUAUUGCAGAGCAUGGAAGUGAGAGAGUUUCUAAAUGUAGAUAAGAACUUAGGUAUUAUUUCAGAUGAACCACUUGAUAAAGUUCAAGAUCUUGCAGAAGCUUUAUAUUCUGAAGAAGUGAAAGAUGGUGAAAAAACUGAAGAAAAGCAGUUGGAUCUUGGACCGAAAGAAAAAAAGAAUGUCAAACCAACAGAUUUCGAGUUCCUGAAAGUUAUUGGUAAAGGUAGUUUUGGAAGAGUGCUGCUGGCUAAGCACAAAGUUGAAGGAAAUGUCUACGCAGUAAAAGUAUUACAGAAGAAAAUGAUCUUAAAGAGGAAUGAAAAAAAUCACGUUAUGAGUGAAAGAAAUGUCUUAUUGAAAAAUCUGCACCAUCCGUUUCUCGUAGGUCUACAUUAUGCAUUCCAGACACCAGACAAACUUUAUUUCGUCUUGGAUUAUGUAAACGGAGGAGAGUUGUUUUUUCAUCUUCAAAGAGAAAGAUACUUUCAAGAACCUCGAGCUCGUUUUUAUGCAGCAGAAAUUACAAGUGCUUUGGGCUAUCUUCAUUCGGAGGGUAUUAUUUAUCGGGAUCUGAAGCCAGAAAAUAUAUUAUUAGAUUACAAGGGCCAUGUAGUAUUAACAGAUUUUGGCUUGAGUAAAGAAGGUCUUGCCGAAAAAGACACGACAACAACAUUUUGUGGCACACCUGAGUAUUUAGCACCAGAAGUAUUAAGAAAGCAGGCGUAUGACAAGUCUGUUGAUUGGUGGUGCUUAGGUGCAGUGCUCUACGAAAUGCUUUACGGUCUGCCUCCAUUUUACAGUAAAGAUACAAUGGAAAUGUAUCAAAACAUCCUCAACAAACCUCUAAGAGUGAGGACGAACAUCUCAAUACCAGCUAGAAAUCUUUUAGAUGGGCUUUUACAGAAAGAUAAAACGAAGAGGCUAGGACGGGAACGAGACGUAGAAGAAAUUAAGGAGCAUGAUUUUUUCCGUGCCAUAAAUUGGAAUGAUCUAGAAGCGAAACAAAUUCCUCCACCUUACAAUCCAAAUGUUAGAGGUCAAAUGGACUUGAAAAAUAUUGAUCCAGAUUUUAUUCGAGAACCCGUUCCAGCUUCAUUAGCAAGAUCACAUAGUUUGAGUGCCAGUGUUCAAGAUCAUGAUUCAUUUGUUGGAUUUACAUAUGUACCAACACCAGUACUAUAGAAGAACUUUAGUUGCUCCUAUUAUACAUACCGGAGUUGCUCUUAAAUUAUAAAAAAAAAAUUAUUUAAAAUGUAUAUUAAUGUGUACAAAGUAAUUUCUGUUGAUCAGAGUUUGGAAGUCAGUUCAUAAAACUUGAUACAUGAAUUGGAUCAACUUUGUUGAUUGAAUCGAGUUUCUGUUAAUGUUUUUUUCCUUCUUGAAAAUGAAUGGAAUUAAUGUUGCAUUAGUUUAUUUAUGUUUUUAUCUAUUUUUGUAUGCCUGUGAAAAUUCUUCAGUGUAACUCAUUAGUAAACAAGAGAGAAUGAAAUUU